AUGCUCGAAGUCACCGUAGAUGGAUCUGGUAAUGAAAAUGAAAACGGUACCAAAAGCGCCAACGACAAUCACCACCACUACCGGAGUUUCAGAGCUCGGGAGCGCCGCCACCCAAUGGACUGGCAAGAAGAUGGGCCAUCAGAGCUUCCACUCGCGCGAAUUGAGCGACAGGGCCGAACACGCAGUCGUACGGACUCACCUUCCACUGCCAAACGCAGUCCCUCUUUCCGCCGUCGACGACCAGAAUAUAUUCUAUCAUCAGAUGAUGAGCCGGAAUACUCAGAAACGGAUGUUUCGUUUUCUAACAGACCAAGGCACCUGAGGUCCUCGGCACAGAGCCAUCAUCCUUUCAAUACAUUGCCCACUGAAGCUUCACUACCGCAUAUACAGGCAACCUUGAGUUCUGAUUCGCAAAAGGACAUCACCUUGCAUUUUGACCUGGAUUUUGCGGAUGAUAUCGAAGGGCAUUUAGAGGAACUAGCGCGGCUGAAACGACUUGGCCACUUUCACGAUGCAGUGGAUUAUUUCGCAAUUAAUCUAGAACAACAUCUCAACCUCCCCCUUGUAAUAAUAGAAUAUGCGGACUUAUUACAGGAACAGGGAGCAUAUCGGGAAUUACUUGACUUACAGUCGCGUGGCAUCCUAGAGCUACCCCAGAAAAUGGGCUCUGGGGACACCCCAAAACUGUACAUCUGGCACUUGGAUGUAAUUCAAAAACAUGCAAAAAGUGCUUUUGAGGGGCUAUCAAAGCGGGAUAUAUCUGAAGGCACGAUACCACAAAUCCUUGAACAUGUGGAGCAGUGGCUGUCCUUCCGACUUUCCAACUAUCUUGAUCAGAAGCCGGCUGACCCGGUGGAUUGGACAGAGCUUCAACUUUUCCGGAAAUUUCUCGAUCUUUUGUCAAACACAUACAUUAACGAUGUCUUGCCUCCGGAUCGACCGUUGUGGACAGGUAUCUACGACGAUUUGCUAGAAGGCGAACGUAUCUGGGACAUCUCUGAUGUGAUUCUCUCUAUGAUCAAUAUGUACGAGCCGCAGCAGGUACUCAUUGAUCUGUUCAAUGAUCCUUUCGAUCACGACACGCCAGAAGAAGACCAAGAUCCACUUGCAAGACUACUUGAGGAUCUGGAAAGUGACGAGUAUGAUGAAUUGACCGAGCUGGCUAUCUUGAGUAUUUUGGUUGGGCUGACCUAUGCAAUCGAAUCGAGUGAUAUGCCAAAGAACGAACAAAUAAUCACAGCCCGGCGAUGUUUGCAGCAUGCCAGUCUUCAUGCCAGGCUUGUCGAGGAACAGAGUCCAGAGCUGACUAGGUCGCGGCCAUAUCUGCUUUACAUUCUGGCCAAGGAACAGUUUCAACGCUGCUGGGGUGGCAAUCGUUCAUCUAUGCGAGAAAGAAGACGGCCCGCGGUAUAUACCACCGGAAUGGCGUGUGCAGUGGGUGGUAUACCAAGUUAUAUCCCCGUCGAAGCUGAGAAUCCAGGAUGGCCAUCCCCAGACCCAAAAUUCCCACCCAAUCGUGUGUUAGAAGAUAUCUUGCAAUCUGCGCGCGAGCUUGGGGACUACGAAGUGGAGGCGGUAUGUCUGAUGGAGCUUAUUUGCCGAGUGGAAGACCCGAAGCCACUACUUGAUCAACUAGAGCGACUGCGCAAGAGCACGCAAGGAUAUUAUACAAGCUACAUCCAGACAUGCAUCUCACGGUAUUUGUUGGUCAACGAUAAAACUUCUGCUCAAAACCUCCUGUGGGAUUUAGAGCAAUCAACUUCCCGGCUUUGCACUGUCCCUGGGAAGGACGCUUUCCCGCCCUUUCGUUGGAAUGAGCUCAAAGUCAAAAACGCGCUACAUCUCACUCUUUCUGGACCUGGUAGGGAUACGCACGAAACCAUGCAUUUGGCCAACGCCCUUCUUGAUGAUCAUCGGGGGUUCCGGAGUUCCCCGUAUACAAGAUAUCUUCGUUUUGAGGAUGAAGAAUAUCCUCAUAUAGAGGUCGCUGGACCUUCUCGACCUGGCAUUCGAGAUAGGAAAAUAAGCAGAACAAUUCGGGGGGACAGGUCUUGGAUACCCCGCAAUGCCGCCGAGAUGAAUUUUGAGCAGAAUACCAGAGUAUCCAAUCUGGAGCAGGCAAUUCAGAAAGACAAGCAACAACUAGAAAGACCGCGCCCGCCGGGAGAACAGUGCACAGAUCUGGUUGUGGCGAGUAAAAGGGGGUUGGCGAAGGAUGAAUAUGAGAGAGAGUUCGACGAUGUCUCGAAUUCCAAAAUGGUUUGGGCCAACGAUCGGACUGCCCUGACCAAGAAGAUCCAAGCUCAGACAUAA